UUGAACUUUUGACAUUUAACCCCACAAAAUGUGCUAUGAUGGGAUCUCUUCUUGGACUAUGCUCGGUUCAGAGAUUACGUGGAGGUUCUACCAAAGGCAGACAAAUCAGUUGGAUUUGGACGAAUACAGAACCGGAAACGAAGCUUCCGUUGUGUCCUCUGAUUCCUCCAACCAUAGUGGGAAAGGUUCCUGUAAUGACAGCAGUAUAUAGUUGGGAGUCUCUAGAGGAGAAGUUUCAUAACGUUGAGAUGGGAGGUCGGUACCGCCCCACCCACUGUACAGCCCGUCACAGGGUGGCAAUAGUGGUACCCUUCCGGGACCGAGAGAUACACCUGAAAAUCUUGCUCAACAACCUCCAUCCAUUCCUACAAAAUCAGCAGCUUGACUACGCCAUCUUUAUUGUUGAUCUGAUGCCGGAAGUAACCUUUAACAGAGCCAUGCUACUUAACAUUGGUUUCACAGAGGCCCUUAAACAGUAUGAUUACCAGUGUUUUAUUUUCCAUGAUGUGGAUCUUAUACCUGAGAUGGGACAUAACAUGUACAGCUGUCCAGAGAACCCGCGUCAUAUGUCAGUUGCUAUAGACACAAUGAAUUAUAGAUUGCCGUACAACAAUAUAUUUGGAGGCGUGGUAGCCAUGACAAAGGAGCAGUUUCAGCAGGGUGUAGGCGACCACGGGACAGCAGGAGAUGUUUUCGGGAGUAGACCAUACUCGUGGGGGUAG